GGUUUUUGUUUCCUUGCGCCCAUUCCUUGAAAGAAAAUGUUACCGAUACAAGAUGGCGCGCGAAGUGCAUUGCUUUUCAGCAGUUAACAAAAGUUAACGACGAACUUUUCAGUGCUUUAUCAUAACUUCGCUGAUCAGAGACUAAUGGCCUCCAGUCCAGUUCGAUGGAUCUGGAAAAUAUUUAGCAUGCCUUUAUUGGUAGACCUUUGUGUCAACAAAAGUGGACUUUGACUUGGAGAAAGAAAAUUAUUGUUGUUGUGAUCAUCUCUAAAGGUCUCCUCAGUUCCUGUAGUGACGAACAAAAUCGGGAAAAUGACAGGCGGUAACUCUCCAACAUCGCAGAGCUCUCAGAAUCAAUCAAGACAAGCAUCCCCGUUACAUGCCGGACAGCAGCAACAAAUGUGCCAGGAUGGCCAACCACAACAACUCAGGAAAAAAUCUAAAGAGAUCAUCCAUUCGGGACACUUCAUGGUCUCAGAUUUUGAAGCUGAAGGAAGGGAUGAUGAUGACGAUGAGUUAGCCAUCCCUGUGCCUGAAGAUGCUGAAGAUUCUGCUGUUCUAGUUGGAUCAGGUGCAGUAGCCACGAUUAAUGCAGCUGGUGACCUUGCCGGAUCUUGCAGCAAUCAAGGAUCAUGUUCAGUGGCAAGCACAAUCUGGCCCAAAAAACCUGACUCCAUUUCAUCAGGUUUCACAGCAGAUACUGGAAAUUGGAUUCAGAAGAAUAUAGGAUCAACAUUCUCUUGUGAGGAUCUUCCAAUCCAGACAGCAGAGGAUUUGAUGGUUCCUGCAGUUACCAUAGACCAAAGUCUCACUAAGCUGUUUCAAUGCAUGACCCUGGCUUAUAGUUCAAAGCUGACGUCCCCACGCUGGAAAAACUUUAAGGGAUUACGCCUACAGUGGAAAGAUAAAAUUCGUCUCAACAACUUGAUUUGGCGUUGCUGGCACAUGCAGUUUAUUGAAAGAAGAAACACAGCUGUGUGUCAGUUUGCUUCCCCUCUAGAAGUGGACCAACACAACAAACCUGAGGCCGUCGUACUUGAGGGUAAAUAUUGGAAGCGUCGAUUAGCGACCGUCACCGCUGAAUACAAAAAGUGGCGAAUCUUUUUCAAAAAUCAAAUGAUGGGUCGUGCAUCCAAAGAUCUCAACGAUAUCACCAUGUGCGGGGAAUUCGAUCACUUAGAUUGGUUUGCUCCGCGGAGCAACGGCAGUUUUAACUCAGGGACGGGUUCCCUCGCAUUGGAUGAUGACCUCUUCAUGGACUUUUCUGAUACGCUCUUUUCAAGCUUAUCAUCUAAUCAGCCUUUUCCCUUCCCCAAUCCCAGAGAAAUCGCGAAAGGAGCUGGUCUGGCUGAUUUUAUUCAACCUGGACUUAUCCAGUUGCAACCCAAUUUAGACGAUUUCAUGGAUACUUUGGAACCGUUACACGAAUUGCUUUCUGGACGUUUGCCGCCAGUUGAAGAAGAGAUUGUCGCUGUGGAGGACAGUAUAGCUGGACGAGCAUCUGAUCAACUUACUCAACGCCGCAACGAUUUCCAAUCGCAUGACCAUUCGCCUUAUUGUGCCUCAACUUCUACCACUCCAGUCAGUGCCGCAACGAUAGUCGUCACAUCAUCCUCGCCGCAGACUUUGCUCAAUUAUAUGCCGAUGGAUCAGUCCAAUCCGUCUUAUUUAUCAAAUCCACAGUUCGCCAACGCUCAUCGAUCUUUGACAAGUCAGCAACAUUCGCGGCCACAGCAGCAGCAGCAGCAGUAUCAUCUGCAAUCACAGGAACAACUUCAACAGCAGCCGCACCCCAACGAACCCGUUUUCGGCCACCCCACAAAACUUGCCGUGUCACCGUCGUCGUCACAGAAUUCGGGAUUCGAGUCCAACGUUAAUGUUUCAUCAGGAACGUCUCACCAGCUGCAGUCCCAUCAAGUUCAUUCGCCGGACGGAUUCAUCGCCUCUGGAGGAUUCGAUAGUACGAAUUCUCAUGCUGGGACUUUCCAGCGACAGAAUAGCGGAGGUAGCGAGCAUGGAUUCGUCGUACCAACAGCACAGUUUCAAGGAAAACAACGCAGUCGAUCAAGAAGUGGGUCGGGAGCCAACACUGCUGGAAACGGCCCUACAGCCAUCUCGGCACAUGUGACCACUACUGCGCUUAGUGCCAGCCAGCCGGCGAUCGGAUCGAGUCGAGUUCAACGUAGCAAAGCCAGUGGAAAUUCAUGCAGCAGUAGUAGCCCAGCUCGCUUAUUGAGCAACUCAGCAGGCACUCAAGAGGGCAAUUUAUCACGUAGCAGUCGCGGUCUUGGACGUCUGCGCUCCAGUUCUGACUUGCAACCUAUCAUGCCUGUGCCUACGUCAGCAGUUUCGACCCCGGCUACUGUUAUACCUCGCACCAUUCUUCCCGAUAACAGCACUUUGCUGGCUCAGCUGUUGACGAACUCUAAUCAAAUAGGAGCACCAUCAACCACUUUAGUUUUAACUGCCGACCCGUCAGCUUCGCGGAUUCCCAUCAUUUUCCCACUUCAGAACACUGACUCAACGACAACUAAAUUGGAAAAACCGUUAACCUUGUUGCCCACAACUAUAAACCUUGAGUAUUCCAAUGAUGGUCGUGCCUACAAGCAGGAGCCGUCCUCGAAUGUGACCAUGGUGGAAGAGCCAGCAGCAAACCAAACUGCUUCACGCAGCAGAAGUAGCGAUGGCGAACGCACUCAGUACAGGGAGCACCGACGAGUGUGCCACAUCAACGCCGAACAGAAGCGUCGCUGCAAUAUCAAAAACGGUUUCGAUACUUUGCAGUCGCUAUUACCAGGCGGUGGAUCAACGGGUGGAUCUGGCAGUGGUCCAGCUGCGUCUAGCCAUGGCAAAGCUAGUGACGUUAGCAAAGCCGCCAUGCUCCAUCGCGGUGCGGAAUACAUCCGGCAGCUGCGCCAGGAGAGACAGCAGCAGCAAGAAGAAAUGGAUCAGUUGAAACAAAAUAUCGAAACGCUUAAUGCGGCCAUCAGCGGCUGCCAAGCACUCCUACCUGCUAAUGGUGCUCCCGUUUCACGCCAGCGUAAUAAUCGGAUGCGAGAAAUGUUUGACGAAUGGGUCCGAGUUCGAACUCUGCAGAACUGGAAAUUCUGGAUUUUUUCGAUAUUGAUCCAACCACUCCUCGAGUCCUAUAGUACGGCCCUUUCCGCUGCUACGUACGAAGAUCUCUGGCAAAGUGUUUUAAAUUGGGUUGACCAGUAUUGUUCUCUGAUAGCUCUUCGUCCUGUGGUAUUCAAUUCGCUCCGGAACUUGAGUAAAACAACCGACAUUAUAGCAAAUCCGUCUAGAUUACCGGCGGAAGCCACCCAAGCUGCCUGCAAUCCGGAUAGAACUACAACGCCCAACAACCUUCCGUCAACGACAUAAUCUUCCCCAUUCACCACCGUCAAAUCUACAAUUUUUUCUCCCCUCUGUCGAUCCCACAAAUUUUCAACAACUUUCAUUCCUCGAUAAAUUGCGAGGAAUUUCAAGUUUCAUGCGGCCUAUGUUCAUAAUCGAUGUAGUCAUUAUGUAGCAGAUGUAGCAUAACCCUAUUAUUAUAUAGACAGAUGGAGAUAUUUUUUUUCAGUUCGCAAUUUUAUCUAAUAGUGAAUUCAGUGAAGGUUUAUGACCUAGAUUUUUAGUUUAGUUUUUAAGAGUGAGAGAUGUAAUCCAGAGUCAUAGUGGAAAAAAGGCUAAGAAAAAAAAAACGAAAGAAAUAAUUUAAAAAAAGACGGAAUAGUUUGUAUUUGUCAUGGUAGAUUGUAAAUUGAUUUUUGGGUGGCUGUUAUUUUGGGUUUUGUCCUACCGUUUUGCCCCUAACUUCUGUAUCACAGGCGGCUCAAAAAAAUAUUUUUUUUUUGCUAACUCUUUAAAUACGAUAUGUUAGAACAGCCUGAUUUAUUUUUAUUACAGUUUUUUCCCACCUGCCUGGUUUGAAAAACAACAAAAUACUUCCCCAUCUAUUAAGUGUUUCAUAUUUACUCUGCUCCCCCCUCCCCCACACACAAUCGAACUUGGAAAAAACAAUUGAAAUACAUGUUUGUUUUAUUGUUA